AUCAUCCUGAAACCAGAAGAACUAGAUGAUGCUUGGCUACAACCGAUGACUGCCGUGACAGGGAACACAACAGAGAACCCCUGAGGGAGCAGGAGAGUAGUGGGAUGCAGACCCCAAAUUUUUGUAAAAAGACCAGACUUAAUUGUCUGACUGAGACUAGAAGGACCCUGGAGCUCAUGGUCCCCAGACCUUCUGUUAGCCCAAGACAGGAAGCAUUCCCAAAGCCAACUCUUUAGAUAGGGAUUGGACUGGACUAUGGGAUAGAAAAUGAUACCGGUGAUGAAUGAGCAUCUUGGAUCAAGUAGACACAUGAGACUAUGAAACUAUGUGGGCAGCUCCUGUCUAGAGGGGAGAUGCGAGAGCGGGGCAAGGGGUGGUCAGAAGCUGGCUGAAUGGAUUCCAAAAGAGAGAGUGGAAGGAAGGAGUGUGCUGUCUCAUUACAGGGAGAGCAACUGGGAGUAUAUAGCAAGGUAUAUAUAAGUUUUUGUAUGAGAGACUGACUUGGUUUGUAACUUUCACUUACAGCACAUUAAAAAAAAAAAUCCCCUUGUGACUGGAGUCAUGUGCUUCCAGAGUCAUUCGUCUCUUCCUCAUUGUACGUGCCCCUUUCUAUUUGCCCCUUCCCCACUUUACCGUGUAAAUGUCACACCUCUUGCCCAAUGACUUGGAACACUGUGAUCUUCUGUCAGCCUGUGUUGCCCUGCUCCAGUGGUUUACCACCUCCAUCAGUAGGCUCUCUGCUUUUACUUUUAACAGAGUCAGGCUCUUUGCUUCCUCAACAUAUCUUUACCCUAGAAUUGGGGGGUCCAAUAGCUCUCUCCCACAGAGAGAAGUAAGGAGAGAAGAGUCUCCCAGAAACAAAGAUUCUGUGAGCAGAGUGUGAGAGCAGGCCCUCCCCGACCCCGUGAGAGCCAAGAUAAAGCAAGGGGGCAGCUGUGUCCCCAGUGUGAUAAGGGCUCCACCCAGACUGUGUGUGUCUGGGGACAGACACGCCUCUUCUCCAAGAUGGCAGGGAGGCUGCCGCAGGAGGGAGGCCACCUCCUGGGGCAGAACCAGAAAGAUUCCAGGAGAAAGAGCUUGAUGGAGCCAGAGGGACAGCAGAGAAACAGACAGACAGCUGACAGACAGACAGCAGGCAGACAGACAACAGACACACUGCAAGGCCCCUACAGAGAAUCAGCUCAGAAGGUGAAGACGGCCCAUGGGGCUGAGGCUCGCCUUGGGAUGGGGUCAUCCCAGGAGAGGUCUCUUGAAGAGGGGCCACCCACAGCAAGGAGCCGCCCACGGACCCUGGCCUGGAGGGUGCUGAUGACACUCCUACUUCUUGGCCCGCUGCUUGGCUCUUCUGUGCUUUUGGUCUAUGUCUUCCAGAGCUGUGGCCCUUACUCCUGUGAUACCCCUGCAUGUCUGGACCUCCUGACUCAGUACCUAGCCUCAGGAAACACCAGCAUGGCCCCCUGCUCUGACUUCUUCAGCUUUGCCUGUGGGAAGGCCAAAAGGACCAGCAAUUCUUCUCAGGCUCUUGCAGAGGAGAACAAGAGCCGACUCCGGAGAAUUCUGGAGGCCCCAAGUUCCUGGCCUCCAGGCUCUGGGGAGGAGAAAGCCUUCCAAUUCUACAAGUCCUGCAUGGACACGAAUGCCAUUGAAGCUGCAGGGGCUGGUCCCCUCAGGCAAGUUAUUGAGGAGCUUGGAGGCUGGAGGAUCUCAGGGAACUGGACUUCCCUUGACUUUAACAGAACGCUGGGGCUUCUGAUGAGUCAGUACGGCCACUUCCCAUUCUUCAGAGCCUACCUGCGGCCUCAUCCCACACUUCUACACACACCAGUCAUCCAGAUUGACCAGCCUGAGUUUGCUGUCCCCCUCAAGCAAGAGCAGGAACAGAAGGUAUAUGCCCAGAUUGUGAGGGAGUACCUGACCUACCUGAAUCAGCUGGGAACCCUGCUGGGAGGGGACCCUGACAAGGUACUAGAGCACGCCUCCUUGUCCAUCUCCAUCACCUCAAGGCUGUCCCAGUUUCUGCGUCGGCCCCAGGAGGAGCGGCAGGCACAGACAGCCACUAUCGCCCAGCUGCAGGAAAUGGCUCCUGCCAUCGACUGGUUGUCCUGCUUGCAAGCAAUAUUCAUGCCGAUGCCACUCAGCCCAUCUCAGCAGCUCGUGAUCCAUGACCUGGAGUAUUUGAGAGAAAUGUCACAACUGGUGGGAGGGCUGCAGCUGAGACACAGGGAAUUCCUGCAGAGCCACAUGAUCCUGGGGCUGGUGAACUCCCUCUCUCCUGCCCUGGACAGCAAGUUCCAGAAGGCCCGCCAGGUGCUGGGCCAGAAGCUGCGGGAGCUGACGGGGCGCCCGCCCGUGCCGCCGCACCCCCGGUGGAUGGAGUGUGUGGAGGAAACUGGAUCCUUCUUCGAGCCCACACUGACAGCCUUGUUUGUCCAGGAGGCCUUCGACCUACACACCCGAAAAGCUGCCAUGGAACUGUUUUUGAACAUCAAGGAUGCCCUCAUCAACCGCCUUGGAAGACUUUCCUGGAUGAAGGAGAAGGCUAGAAAGGAGGCCCAGGACCAGGUGACCCGGCUGCAGGUGAAGAUGGGGGCUCCAGAGUGGGCCCUAGAGCCGGAGCUGGCCACACAGGGGUACCCCGAGGUGCAGCUGGGCCCCAGCUUCAUGCAGUCUUUCCUGAGUUGCGUCCGAGCCCUCCGAGCAAGGACAGUCCAGAGUUUCCAGCAGUCCUCCCCUAACCACAGCUGGCACGUGGCCCCCUGGGGCGUCAACGCUUACUACUCCAAGUCGGACCACGUAGUGGUCUUCCCCGCUGGGCUGCUGCAGCCCCCAUUCUUCCAUCCUGGCUACCCCAGGGCGGUGAACUUCGGUGCGGCCGGCACCAUCAUGGCCCGCGAGCUGCUGCACAUCUUCUACCAGCUUUUGCUCCCUGGGGGCUGCCCAGCCUGUGACUCCCAGGCUUUGCAGGGGGCGCUGCUGUGCCUGGAGCGCCACUACGCUGCCCUCUCCCUGCCGGGGGAGACCUUCUUCAACCACUCCCACAGGAUCCUAGAGAAUGCCGCUGACAUGGGGGCACUGACCAUCGCACUGCAGGCUUACAACAAGAGGCUGCUUCUGCAGCGAGGGGAAACCACCCUGCCCAGCCUUGGCCUCAGCCCCCAGCAGCUCUUCUUCCGAAGCUAUGCCCAGGUGAUGUGUGGGGAGCCCCGACUCCAGGACCCACAGGACCCGCACAGCCCUCCCCAGCUUCGAACCCAUGGGCCGAUCAGCAAUACCCAGGCCUUCGCCAGGCAUUACCACUGUCCACGAGAGACCCUUAUGAACCCCUCGAGCCGCUGCCAGCUCUGGUAACCUGGCUGCCCCAGGCCCCUCAGUACAGAUGUGUCAGCAUCCCAAACUCCGUCCAUGGGGGGCAGGGGGACAGGGCCACCUCCCCUUGAUUAUCCACUCCAGAAAUUAAAGGUGGCCCUGGUUCUGCCUGCCUCUCAGUGGUGCCUUCCUGCUCUCCUACACCCAGAAGCCAGCAAAGGUGAGAGAGAAAUGCAAGCAGGAUUACCUACACAUGAGGGAAGGAAGAAGCAAUGAUUGGUGAACUGGAGGUUCUGAUGGUCAGAAAGUGGGUCCCAGGAUUGGACACUUAAGGGACUAGAGACAAAAGAGCUCUGGCUAAGUCUCAGCACGCUGCCCCUGAUUGUUGUCAGGGUUUUAUUGGGAUCGCUUUGAUAGUUGCAGCCUUGUCCCAAAUUUGCUCUCCUGAGCAAAACCGUGUGGGGGAGGGGCGAGAGUCCGGGGUCUCUGGCCCUGGGAGAUGAAGCUUAGAGCCUGGGGGGGCUGGGAGGCGACAGGGCAGGGUGGUGGCAGCCAGAACAACGGUCCCAGGCCCUCGAUGCUGCCUCAGAGAUGAACGAGGUCAGUACGCGAUCAUGAAGCGAAGGUAGACAUCCAAGUCCUCAUCCAGGAACCAGGCCACGACCUCAGCCUCCAUGUCCCUCAUAAAAAAACCAGGAUGCUGGCCAGGUUCAGGCAGAAGGCCAGGUCAAAGAGGUGGUCGCGCACGGCCGCCGUCUCUGCCACCUCGUCCUCCUGCUGGGCCAUGUCCAGCAGCUGCCACAUCUCCCCCACUGAGGAGGCCAUGAAGCGCUCUUCAAACUGCUCUUCAUCCUGGUCUGGGCGGUAGAGGGGAGGCCUGACACAGGGUCCCGCCUGCCCCAGCCUAGCCCUGGCCUGGACAGGAUGGGCUGGAGAAUGUGGGGAGAUUGGGCUUUCACCCGAGAAGCGCUUCUGACCUGUGUUCAAGCAUAGUCUGGACUCCACCCUCCUCCUCCAGGUGGGGUGAGGGCCCUCCUCAGACAAAGGCACCUGCGCUCACACGCUCACCUGUGCACACAAGCACGCACCCAUGAAAGCAGCACUCAAUCUCAGCUAGACCAGACCCACAGGCCUACAACAGAGGACCCUGGCUAUCUCCCAUCGCCCAAGCUGAGCUCAGAUAGUAACCCCGGGCCUCAUCCCACACAGCUCUUCCCACUUACUUGCUGUCUCCUCUGCCUCCUCCCCCCUACCCACCUGUGGAAGGCAUGCUGUCUUUCUGGCUGUUCUCGGUAGGGUCCUUCUGUGGCCUCACCCCCUUUACCCGAAGCAGCAGCAUCAGGAUGGUGGCCAGGAGUGUGGCCCUGCAGAGCUGGGGGCCCAGGGACGUCAUGGGUCUGCCCGCCCCCUGCCUCUGACCUCCCCCAACUCCCCGGUGCCUGGCAGCCUCCCCCACCCCAGCCCGGCCCUGCCCUUACCCUUGACCAGUGCCGUCUUCC